AUGGAUAAAUCUUUGCAGACCACUGUCUCGCGCUUUCUUUCUCCGAAGCCAAAGAGAAAUGCAAAGAAAGCCUUGGUAGAACGAUGGUCAGAGUUGGCAGUGGACAGUCUGUUUCAGGCAGCUACCAAUACUGGGAGUGGCGAUCAGCAAAGUGAAAUUGAAUUAAAUGGUGAAAAUGACAAUUCUGGCAUAGAGAGCAACUUUGAGUCAUAUAGUGACAUGGUGAGUGUAGUCAAGAGGCGAGUGGUCUUGUCGGGGCUUCGACAGAAUAUGUGGACAACACAACACGAACAUGUGAUCCAAACUUUUCUGUUCGAUCGUUCUCUGACCUUGCUAGUUGUCUUUAUGGAUGCAGUGACAGGCUUGCAUGUGGACCUUGCUAUGCCAGGUUACCCAGUGCACCAGCUAUGCUAUUUCAUUAAAGCUGAUACUCGGACUUGGAUCACCAAAGAUAAUUUUAGGAAGAAUAUACAGUAUGGUACAGUGAAAGGAAAUUAUGUAGAAAGCUUGCUAGGUCUGAUGCAGGGAGUCUAUGCACCAACCUUUUUUAAGAACUCCUCAUGGCCAGACAGCAUCAAAAGCGACUUUUCUGGAGCAUUGUAUAAGUUCAUGGCAAACCUCACAGACACCAGGUACAAAAUGGAAGGCCACACAGUACUAUAUGUGCCAGUUGAAGGAUUGGACACCACUGUAGAGGUUGCAGCCAGGAAAAAGGAGUUCGUACAGAGGCUGGAAACUGCAAUGAUCCACUGGACCCGGCAAAUAAAAGAGGUUCUGAGUUCUCAGGAGUCUAUUGAAACCGGUGAAAAUGCAGGACCUUUGGAAGAAAUUGAAUUCUGGAGAAGUAGGUGUGAAGAUCUUUCGGGUUUGAGCCAUCAGUUGGAUCAACCAGGAGUGAAAAAGAUCAGAACUAUCCUAGAGUUGUCCAGAUCUUCUUAUGUAGGGCCAUUCUUGAAGCUUUCACGAUUGAUCCAGAAUGGCUCAGCUCAGGCUCAGGAGAACCUGCACUUUUUAUCAAUCUUGAAAGAACCUUGUGAGAUUUUGGCCCAUUCCUCUCCACGUGACAUCCCCGGAAUGCUCACAAACCUGCUCAAUAUGAUACGGAUGAUUUGGGUGAAUUCCCAGCAUUAUAAUGACAGAGAGAGACUGACUGGCCUGUUCAGAAAGAUGUGUGAAUGCUCCAGGCAUUUCUUGCGGAUGGACAAUGGCACGCAGAUUCCUGUUCCAUCCUUCUCUGGGCAGCGUGGUCCGGAGGUUGCACAAACACUACUAGAGACAGAGAAAACCUUCAGCAAACGUCUUGACGCCCUCAAGAAAGUAAGGAAGACCAUCUUGGAUGUAAAGGCAACAUCAUGGCAUGAUGAUUACAAUAGGUUUCGAAGUGGAAUUAAGGACCUGGAGGUGAUGAUGCAGAAUCUGAUCAGCACUGCAUUUGACACAGUGAGCACUGUCCAGGAGGGAGUAGAGCUGCUGGAUCUGUUUCAGCAUCUGACGGCCAGAGAGACUAUCAAGCGAACAAUCGACAAAAAGACGGUGCAGAUGUGGACACUGUUUUCUGACGAGCUAAACUCCGUCAAGAAAGAGCUUGCCACCAAAUCACCACCACUCUCGCCCAUGCACCCUAACUAUGCUGGCUGUGCACACUGGGCGAAGGCACUCAAACGUCGUAUUGAUUAUGACAUGGCAGUGCUGGACAGCGCUACGUUCCUGCCACAUACAGGUAGUGGGGACGAGGCUCGCAUCCAGUACCGGCAGCUGGCGGCAGCACUGGAUGAAUACACGCGUAAGGUGUUUGACGACUGGGCGAGUACUGUCGACAGGGAGCCCGGCACCCUGCUCGAUGCUCCCCUGAUGUGCCGCAGCAGUGAGAAGCCAGGCAUGCUCGAUAUCAACUUUGACAGGUCUUUGCUCAAGCUAUUCCAAGAGAUCUACUACUGGGAGAGACUCAUGUUUGAAAUUCCACACUAUGCAGCAGAUGUUUACAGCAAGAAGGAAGACCUUAGGAAUCUAUGUGAACAGGUGUUGCUCGUGGUACGGGACUACAAUAGGAUUAUCUCGGCACUGUCUCCAGAGGAGAGGGGUUUAUUCCGAGAGAGAAUACGCUUCUUAGACAAGAAAGUACAUCCUGGGCUAACCAAACUGACAUGGGCUUCCAAGGGUGUUGCAGACUUCUACAUAGCAGACUGCCGCCAACAUGCACUGAGAGUGCAGGCAAUGGUUGACGACUACAAGAACACGAACAUAGCCAUCUUCCAAAACUGCAAGAAGAUUAGUGAGGUGCUGCUGUUUAACAUUGACAACAAGAAAGUGUAUGAGAACAAUGAGUUUGAGGAUGAACAGACAGCGCACCGCAAGACGGUACAGCGACAACUGAAGCAGACGCAUGAUGACAUUGUCGCCACACUCAAGAACACGUAUGACAUCUUCCGCAACGAUGGACCAGAGGUUCAAACCUACUGGCUCAGGUAUCUAGACAAGGUUGAUUGCAUGGUAGAGGAAGCAUUCAGGCUUAAUAUCAAGUGGAGCCUGCAAGAGCUAUCUAGAGCAAUCAAUGGGGAUGGCAAAUCUAGCCCUAACCCCCUGUUUAAAGUCAAGGUUGUAUUGGAGAGAAAUAGAGUCAACUUUAAUCCUAAGUUGUUGAAGUUGGCAUCACUUGUGAGUGGGACUAUGCAAGAGCUGGCGAGCACUGUUGCAGGGAUCAGUCGACUUCCUGACCUCCUUAGCAGGCGACCUACCAACAAGGAGCCAAUCUACAAAAUGAUAGAGCAGGAUGAAGAGAGCAAGAAGAUACAAGCCUCUAUAAACAAUGGAAUGACUCUCAAUGCGCAAAAUCUUCAGGAGUAUUUGAAAACUUGGGAUGAGUUCAAGGAAAUUUGGGAGAUCAAUAAGGAUGCUUUCAUCAGGCGGUACGAGAGAUUGAAGCCGAGCGUGGCUUCCUUUGAUGCAGACAUCUCCCGCUACACUGAGGUGGCCAACAAUGUGCAAUCUCAAGAGACUAUUCUCAAUAUACAGUUUGUGCUGCUAGACUGCUCUCUGCUGAAAUACUCCGUGCUCGGUCACUGCUCUGAAUGGCAAAACAAGUUCACUGCCCUGCUCGCCGAAAUCGCCGCCAAUAAACUGAACGAGAUUCACAAGUAUCUGGAAAAGAACUCGGAGAGGGUCAGUGUCCCACCUACAAGCCUCGAUGAGCUGGGAGAUGGUAUAGGUUUGUUGGAGAAGUUGCAGGAGGAGAUGGCAGGAAUAGAAGCCAAAUUCCAUCCGCUCAAUGAACAGUUUGAAAUACUGAGAAAGUAUGAGGUCACAAUACCUGAGAAGGUGGAGAGUCAACUUGGCAGUCUGCCAGAAGCGUGGUCAGUCUUCCAGCACACCCUACUUGAUGCAGACGAGAUGCUGAAGAAACACAAGGACAAGUUCAAGACUGGCCUGAUACACUCGUCAGAGGAUUUCAAAAAGCAAGUGGGGAGCUUGGUAGAAGAAUUCAUUGGCAAAGGUCCGUUUGUUAGUGGUGUUGCCAGUGUUGAUGCCCUUGACGACAUCAGCGCUUUCCGACAGCAAUUGCUUGCUCUCAAGCAACAGGAGGCAUCCAUCCGCAGGGGGCUUGGCCUCUUCAAAAUAGAUCAGCCCCCCAGCAAAGAUAUACAAAACCUCGACAAGGAUCUUGAGUACCUCGAGAUGAUCUGGGAACUUAGCAAGGAGUGGGAGGGACUCUGGCAUCUAUGGAAGCAGCGGAGGUUUGUUGAGCUCGUGACAGACGACAUGGAGGUGCAAGCACAGGGCAUCCUCAAGAGGCUCGUGAAGUUAAGCAGGGAGUUGAAGGAGAAGAGCUGGGAAGUUGUAGAAUUUAACAAGGCGAGGCUGGAGCAGUUUAAGCGCACGAUGCCACUUAUCCAAUCCCUUAAAAAUCCGGCGAUGAGACAGCGCCACUGGGAUGACGUCAAGGAUACUGUCUGCAAGAGCUUUGAUCAUCGCUCGGAAGAAUUCACACUCGAACAGAUCAUCAUGCUGGGCUUUGACCAGUAUGUGGAUAAGAUUGGGGAUGUGUCUGCAGCUGCCAGCAAGGAAUUGUCCAUCGAGGAGGCCCUUGACAGCAUCAGAUAUACCUGGGAAACAAUGGCCUUGGACAUCACUCCGUACAAAGAAAGGGGGCAUUUUAGGCUCAAGGCAACAGACGACGUAUUCCAGGCCCUAGAUGAUAACCAGGUGACCCUCUCCACGAUGAAGGCUUCGCGCUAUGUUGUAGCAUUUGAAUCUGAUGUUGACUACUGGGAAAGAACACUAUCCCACAUCCUAGAGGUUAUUGAGAUUCUGCUCACUGUUCAGAGACAAUGGAUGUACCUGGAGAACAUCUUCCUUGGCGAGGACAUCCGCAAGCAGCUGCCGCGCGAAUCGGCCGAGUUCGACGAGGUCAACAGCAGCUGGAAGACGAUCAUGACGCGCAUCAGCAGGGACACGAACGCGCUGCGCGGCACGCAUCAUGACCGCAUGCUCGAGCAGCUGACCAACAUGAACGCCAAGCUGGAGGACAUACAGAAGUCGCUCGACAUGUACCUCGAGACGAAGCGGCAGAUCUUCCCGCGCUUCUACUUCCUGUCGAACGACGACCUGCUGGAGAUCCUCGGCCAGUCGAAGAAUCCGUCGGCGGUGCAGACUCACCUGAAGAAGUGCUUUGACAACAUCAAGUCUCUCAAGAUGGGCAAGGUAUCUAGUAGCAUCACUCAGAAGUUUGAAGCGUCCGGCAUGUAUUCCGCAGACGGCGAAUUCGUAGACUUUGUACAGCCCGUCUUGCUAGAGGGUGCUGUUGAGGUGUGGCUGUGUGAUGUGGAAAGAACUAUGCGCUGGACACUUAAGGAACAGCUGAAGCAGACGAGACUGGCUCUGAAGAAAAACAUCAGCAAGAGAGACAAGUGGGUCAAAGAUUGGCCAGGACAGCUGUGCAUCACAGCAAGUCAGGUGCAGUGGACAACGGACUGCACCAAAGCAUUAGCGUUAACCAAGGAAAGGGGUGAUAAGAAGCCAUUAAAGAGCAUUAAGAAAAAACAGGUAGCAAUGCUGGAUAAAUUUUCUGAGGCAAUCCGGGGGAACCUAACAAAGCAGCAGCGUGCAAAAAUCGUUGCCUUAGUGACAAUUGAAGUACAUGCCCGUGAUGUCAUUGAGAAGAUGAUCAAGACUGGUUGUAAUGAUGUGACAGCGUUUGAGUGGCUGAGUCAACUCAGACUCUACUGGGAUAAGGACAUAGAUGACUGCAUUGUACGACAGACAAACACGCAGUUUCAAUAUGGCUACGAAUAUCUGGGCAACUCCGGUAGACUGGUCAUUACGCCUCUAACUGACAGGUGUUACAUGACCUUAACCACGGCCCUGCAUCUGCACAGAGGUGGUAGUCCAAAAGGCCCAGCUGGAACUGGUAAAACGGAGACCAUCAAGGACUUGGGAAAAGCUCUGGGAAUGUAUGUGAUCGUAGUGAACUGCUCCGAGGGCCUCGACUACAAGUCUAUGGGUAGAAUGUACUCCGGACUUGCACAGACGGGCGCGUGGGGUUGCUUCGACGAGUUCAACCGCAUCAACAUAGAGGUGCUCUCCGUCGUCGCUCAGCAGAUCCUGUCCAUCCUGUCGGCACUGUCGGCCGCAGCAACGCGCUUCGUCUUCGAGGGCAGAUCCAUCAACCUGAUGUGGUCGUGCGGCAUCUUCAUUACGAUGAACCCAGGAUAUGCUGGUCGCACCGAACUCCCCGACAACUUGAAGUCCAUGUUUCGGCCAAUCUCCAUGGUCGUGCCGGACUCAGCUAUGAUUGCCGAAAUUAUGCUUUUCGGUGAAGGAUUCAGCAAUACCAAGAUUUUAGCAAAGAAGGUGCAGGCGUUGUUUAGCCUGGCAGUGAGGCAGCUGUCGAAGCAGGACCACUACGAGUUUGGCCUGCGAGGCCUCGUCUCUGUGCUCAGAUACGCCGGCCGCAAGAAGCGCGACUUCCCGAACAUGCCCGACGAGGAAGUGCUGUUGCUCGCCAUGAAGGAUAUGAAUGUGGCCAAGCUGACCGCUUCCGACCUGCCACUCUUCAAUGGCAUAGUGUCGGACCUUUUCCCCGGAGUCGAGACGCAUGUGAUAGACUAUGAGAAGCUGAAAGAAGCUAUUCUAGCUGAGCUAAAGGAAGCCAAGCUACAGCCACAUCCGAUAACGAUCCUGAAGAUCAUCCAGCUAGCCGAGACAAAGAACUCGCGGCACUCAUGCAUGAUUGUCGGCUACACGGGCUCUGGCAAGAGCGUCGUGUGGCGCAUGCUGCAGGCUGUCAUGUGCAGGCUGAAGCGCCAGAAAGAGCCUGGUUACAACUAUGUCAAGGAAUUUCCAAUAAACCCCAAAGCCUUGUCUCUUGGUGAGCUGUAUGGGGAGUUUGACCUGAACACCAACGAGUGGACAGAUGGCAUUCUCUCCAGUGUCAUGAGGCAGACCUGUGCAGACGAGAAGCCUGAUGAGAAGUGGCUGUUGUUCGACGGACCGGUCGACACACUGUGGAUCGAGAGCAUGAACUCUGUCAUGGACGACAACAAAGUGCUGACACUCAUCAAUGGCGAGCGCAUUGCAAUGCCUGACCAAGUGUCGUUACUGUUUGAGUGUGAGGAUCUGUCAGUCGCAUCACCAGCAACAGUGUCUAGAUGCGGCAUGGUCUAUAUAGACAGUACUGACCUUGGCUGGAAGCCCUAUGUCGACUCCUGGCUAGGCAAGAAGAUGGAUAAGAAACUGGCAGAAGAGUUGCGGCGGCUCUUUGACAAGUACCUGGCUAAAGUGCUGGAGUUCAGGUGUAGCAGCUGCAAAGAAUCGGUGCCCAUCAGUCAGCUGAAUGGAGUCGUGGCGCUUUGUCGGCUCUUCGAUGCCCUUGCCACCGAGAAGAAUGGAGUUGAUCCAGUCAGCGAGAGCUUUGUCCAGAUGAUAGAGCUGUGGUUCAUGUUCAGCAUGAUCUGGUCUGUGUGCGCUUCGGUCGAUGAGGAGAGCAGGAAAAAAAUGGACAACUAUUUGCGUGAGCUCGAAGGCAGCUUUCCAGCGAAGGACACCGUUUACGAGUACUACGUCGAUGUCAAGAACAAGACCUGGGCUCUCUGGGAGGACAAACUGAAGGCAGGCUGGAAGUACAGUCCAAGCAUGCCUUUCUAUCGGAUAAUAGUACCAACUGUGGACACUGUCCGGUAUGACUUCUUGGUUUCCAACCUGAUCCAGGCUAAUUGUCCAGUGCUGGUAACAGGGCCAGUUGGCACAGGCAAGACCAGCAUUGUCCAGAACGUGCUGGGCAAUCUAGACAGCAAAACCUACAGCAUACUUACUGUCAACAUGUCAGCACAGACUACAUCCAACAACGUGCAGGAUAUCAUCGAGAGCAGAGUGGAGAAGAGAACGAAGGGCGUGUAUGUACCGGUUGGGGGCCGGCGUCUCAUCACCUUCAUGGACGACUUCAACAUGCCUGCGAAGGACACUUUUGGCUCACAGCCCCCACUCGAACUCAUGCGACAGUGGCUCGACUAUGGCUUCUGGUAUGACCGGCAGAAGCAGAUCGUCAAAUACAUCAAGGAUAUGCUGUUGCUGGUGUCUAUGGGUCCACCAGGAGGUGGCAGGACAAUCAUAUCUAAGCGACUACAGAGUCGGUUCAACCUCAUCAACAUGACCUUCCCGCACGAGUCGCAGAUCAAACGCAUAUUCGGUAGCAUGAUUACACAGAAACUGCAAGACUUCGAAGAGGAUGUGAAGCCCAUAGCCGAGGUCAUGACCCAAGCUACAAUAGACAUGUACAACUUGAUCGUUGCACGCAUGCUCCCAACCCCUACGAAAAUACACUACCUCUUCAACUUAAGGGACAUAUCAAAGGUAUUCCAAGGACUGCUGCGUGCGCAUAAGGACUUCCAUGACACCAAGCACAGCAUGACUCGACUAUGGAUACACGAGUGCUUUCGUGUGUUCCAUGACCGCCUGGUAGACGACAGGGAUUCCGAAUCAUUUGUCGCCAUUCUCAGCGAUAAACUAGGCACCAUGUUUGAUACCACAUUCCACAACGUCUGUCCCAAUAAGCAGCCGCCUAUCUUUGGUGAAUACUGUAACGACAAUGGCAUUUACGAAGAUUUCCAAGACUUCAAGCAGUUAAAGGUAUUCAUGGAGAACCAACUAGAGGAUUUUAACAUGACCCCAGGAAUUGUUUCCAUGGAUCUGGUGCUAUUCAGGGAUGCCAUUGAGCAUAUUUCCAGGAUAAUCCGUGUGAUAAGACAGCCACGUGGAAACAUGCUGCUGGUGGGCAUUGGUGGUAGCGGCAGACAGAGUCUGACGCGCCUGGCAACGUUCAUCAGUGGGUAUAAGUGCUUCCAGAUCGAAGUCACCCGACUCUACAGGACGAUUGAAUUCAAGGAAGACCUGAGAAAUCUAUAUUGGUUGGCAGGAGUUGAAAACAAGCAUACAGUCUUCCUGUUUACUGACACACAGGUCGUUGAGGAGAUGUUCCUAGAGUUCAUCAACAACAUGCUCAGCAGCGGGGAGGUUCCGAACCUCUACAAGCCCGAGGAGUUCGAGGAGGUGAAGAACGCGCUGUCGGAGGCGGCGAGGAACGAGGGAAUCCCCGAGACUCCCGAGAGCAUCUUCAGUUUCCUCGUCGAGCGAGUGCGCUCCAACCUGCACGUUGUCCUCUGCAUGAGCCCUGUAGGUGAUGCCUUCAGGAAUCGGUUGAGGAUGUACCCAGCAUUUGUCAACUGCACAACAAUAGACUGGUUCAGUGAGUGGCCGGCAGAUGCCCUGCUGGAAGUCGCAGACAAAUACCUGGAGAGUAUCGAUUUGCCUUCAGAGGAGAUCAAGACGUGUGUGGCCAGCGUGUUUACGGUCAUUCACAGGUCUGUUGUGGACCAAUCCAAGAGGAUGCUUGUGGAGAUGAAGAGACACAACUACGUUACCCCUACUAACUAUCUGGAGCUUGUAUCUGGAUAUAAAGCGUUGUUGUCUGAGAAGAGGAUGGAGCUGGGUAACGCAGCUAACAAGCUGCGUAACGGACUCGACAAGAUUGAUGACACGCGCUCCAAGGUCGAGGUCAUGUCGGUAGAGCUUGAGGAGGCUAAGGUCAAGGUCGCGCAGUUCCAGAAGCAGUGCGAGGAAUAUCUGGUCACACUAGUGCAGCAGAAACGCGAGGCAGACGAACAGCAGAAGUCGGUUUCAGCCAGGAGUGAAAAGAUUGGAGUCGAGGAGUUGAGGUGUAAACAGAUAGCAACGGGAGCCCAACAGGAGCUCGAUGAAGCCAUACCCGCCCUGCAGGAAGCCAUACGUGCCCUCGAAUCUCUCAACAAGAAGGACAUGACGGAGAUCAAGUCAUACGGUCGUCCGCCGGCACUAGUGGAGAAGGUUAUGGAAGCUGUGAUGAUACUCAGAGGCGGUGAUCCUAGUUGGGCCGAGGCCAAGCGGCAACUCGGAGAAGCUAAUUUUCUUGCACAGUUGAUGAACUUUGACAAGGACAGCAUUAAUGACAGAGUCCUCAAGAAGAUAGACACCUACUGUGCAAAUCCAGACUUUGAUCCUGACAUCAUUGGCAGGGUUUCCUCUGCAGCUAAGUCUCUGUGCAUGUGGGUCAGGGCCAUGGACAAAUACGGACACAUAUUUCGUGUUGUGGAGCCAAAGCGGCAGAAACUUGAAGGUGCCACUUCUCAGCUCAGUGAGAAGCAGGCAUCACUUGCUGCUGCUAAAGCCAAACUCAAAGAGGUGACAGAUAAGAUGGAGGACCUGAAGAAGCAAUAUGAUGAGAAGCUGGCACAGAAGGAGGAUCUGCGGCGCAAGGCAGAACAAACUGAGCUGAAGCUAGACCGCGCUGGCAAGCUGGUAGAGGGCCUUUCUGGUGAGAAGGAUAGAUGGGAGGCCAGUGUACAGAAAUUAGAUGAACAGAUACAGUACUUGGUUGGAGACUGCCUGGUGGCUGCUGGCUUCAUGUCCUACAUGGGACCAUUCUUGUCUAACUACAGAGACGAACUCGUUAAUAACAUCUGGCUCGAGCAGAUCAAGAAGCUUGGUGUGCCCUGCACUCCCACACUUAGCUUCUGUGAGUUCCUUGCAAAGGCGACCACGGUGAGGGACUGGAACAUCCAAGGCUUGCCCAACGACGCUUUCUCCACGGAAAACGGGGUGAUCGUAUCCCGCUGCAGUCGCUGGCCUCUCAUGAUUGACCCUCAAGGGCAGGCUAUCAAAUGGAUCAAAAACAUGGAACACAUCAGGGGUUUGAAGAUCAUAGACUUGCAGCAGACGGACUACUUGCGCACACUGGAGAAUUCCAUCCAGUUUGGGACACCAGUGCUCCUGCAGAAUGUGCAGGAAGAGCUGGAUCCUUCACUUGCACCUGUGCUCAACAAGUCUAUAAUAAAGCAAGGUGGCAGACUGUUAAUAAAAUUGGGUGACAAGGAAGUUGAGUACAACCCAGAGUUCAGGUUUUACAUCACCACGAAGCUGAGCAAUCCCCACUACACGCCCGAGAUCGCCACUAAGACAACAGUCGUCAACUUUGCUGUCAAGGAACAAGGUCUUGAGGCGCAGCUGCUGGGAAUAGUCGUCAGGAAGGAGCGACCCGAACUGGAAGAGCAGAAGGACAGUCUUGUGAUCAACAUCGCAGCAGGCAAGAAGAAGCUGGUGGAACUCGAGGAUGAGAUCCUCAGGCUGUUGAAUGAAGCCCAGGGAUCACUGCUGGAUGACGAGGCCCUCGUUAACACCCUACAGAACUCUAAGACUACAUCAAAGGAGGUAGAGGAGCAGCUGUUGAUCAGUGAGGAGACUGAGAUUAAGAUCGAUGCAGCCAGAGAGGGAUACCGAUCCUGUGCGCAGCGGGCAUCCAUCCUCUUCUUCGUGCUCAACGACAUGGGUCGCAUCGACCCAAUGUACCAGUUCUCGCUCGAUGCCUACAUUGAUCUCUUCAACAUGUCUAUUGAUAAGAGCCAGAGGAGCACUGAGCUGGAAGAGCGGAUACAACACCUGAAUGAUUAUCAUACCUAUGCAGUCUACAGGUACACGUGCCGAGGCCUGUUUGAGAGACACAAACUGCUAUUCUCUUUCCAAAUGUGUGCCAAAAUCACGGAGGUGGCCGGAAAACUGAACAUUGAUGAGUACAACUUCUUCCUGAGGGGUGGCGUGGUACUGGACAAGGAGGGCCAGAUGGACAAUCCCUGUCCACUUUGGAUAGUAAACAGCUCAUGGGACAAUAUCACAGAGCUAGACAAGCUGACCAAUUUUCAUGGCAUCGCCACGUCAUUCGAGCAGUACCCGCGUGACUGGAACAUUUGGUUCACUAGCCCAGAGCCUGAGCAAGCUCAUCUGCCUGGGGAAUGGGAGAACCAGUGCAAUGAAUUGCAGCGCAUGCUCGUCGUCAGGUCACUGCGGCCUGACCGCAUCUCGUUCUGCGUCACGUCAUUCAUUGUCAACAACCUUGGCUCCAAGUUCGUGGAACCUCCUGUGCUUGACAUGAACGCGGUACUGGAAAGCUCUUCUGCAAAGACGCCGCUCAUCUUCGUGCUAUCCACGGGAGUGGAUCCCACAAGCAGCCUGCUGCAACUCGCAGAGAACGCUGGCAUGGCAAACCGCUUCCACGCGUUGUCCCUGGGCCAGGGCCAGGCUCCGAUUGCUACCAGAAUGAUCAAAGAUGGCAUCAGAGAGGGUAAAUGGGUGUACUUGGCAAACUGUCAUCUGUCGCUGAGCUGGAUGCCCCAGCUCGAUAAACUGGUGGAGCAGCUGCAGGUAGAGGAGCCACAUCAAGACUUCAGACUGUGGUUGAGCAGCAGCCCCCACCCUGACUUCCCCAUCUCAAUCCUGCAAGCUGGCAUAAAGAUGACCACCGAGCCGCCAAAGGGUCUGCGUGCCAACAUGAAGCGCCUCUACCAGCUCAUGACAGAACCACAGUUUACGCACUGCCGGCGCCCAGACAAGUACAAGAAGCUGCUGUUUGGUCUUUGCUUCUUCCACUCCAUCCUCCUGGAGAGGCGCAAGUUCCUGCAGCUUGGCUGGAACAUCCCCUAUGGCUUCAAUGACUCUGACUUUGAGGUGUCAGAGAACCUGCUCAGCAUCUAUUUGGAUGAAUAUGACGACACACCAUGGGAAGCGCUCAAGUACCUGAUAGCUGGUGUUAACUAUGGCGGCCAUGUGACAGAUGACUUUGACAGGCGUCUACUGAACUCCUACAUACAGCAGAUCUUCUGUGAGGAGGCCAUAGCGACGACGUUCUUCAAACUUUCCUCUCUGCCAGUGUAUUACAUUCCAAAGGAUGGUCCUCUGCAGUCAUACAGGGAAUACAUCAACCUACUGCCAGCUGUCGAUCAUCCUGAUGCAUUUGGACAACACCCCAAUGCCGACAUAUCGUCACAGAUCAUCGAGACGCGAACGCUGUUCGACACGCUACUGUCCUUGAAGCCACAGGUGUCUGCGGUGCAGGGCGGUGUCAGUCAAGAAGACAAGGUGCUGGAGAUGGCGGCCGAUGUGCUCCGCCGGAUCCCACCCGAUAUAGACUACGACGGAACGGCCAAGCUCCUGUCGACAGAUCCUUCUCCUCUCAACGUCGUGCUGCUGCAGGAGAUCCAGCGCUACAACGCCCUGCUACAGGAGAUCCGCACCUCCCUCAUCGACCUUGAGAAGGGCAUCAAGGGUCUUGUUGUCAUGUCGGCGGACCUUGAAGAGAUCUUCACCUGCAUCAACGAUGGCCGAGUGCCACCGGCAUGGGCCAAGACCUACCCUAGUUUGAAGUCACUAGGCACUUGGACACGAGACCUCGUACUGCGAAUAGAUCAGUUUGAGACAUGGGCAACGAGGACUCAUCCGCCCACAAUCUUUUGGCUGUCUGGCUUCACGUUUCCAACCGGUUUUCUUACGGCAGUGCUUCAGACGGCUGCGAGGCAGAACAAUACGUCUGUUGAUUCUCUGUCAUGGGAGUUCGUAGUGUCCACUACUGACGAUUCCAUGCUGCUAGGCACGGGAGCACCAAAGGAUGGUGUGUAUAUCAAGGGCAUGUACCUUGAGGGAGCUGGGUGGAAUAAAAAGGACAGCUGCCUUAUUGAGGCAAAGCCCAUGCAACUGGUGUGUCCAAUGCCAACCAUACAUUUUAAACCUAUUGACAAGAAGAGGAGCAGCAAAGGUGUGUAUGCAUGCCCAUGCUAUUACUACGGCAAGAGGGAAGGCUCAUAUAUAGUCACUAUUGAUCUCAAGGCAGGCACUGACGCAGCUGACCACUGGACGAAGCGUGGUACCGCACUGCUCAUGAGCUUAGAGAAUUGAUGUCACGUUUCUUGAACAACUAAAUCCUGUGUCACUACCAUACAUGUUGGUGUGUUUGCCAGAAAUGUACGAUCAGUGGUAGCAGUGUUUUUCAAACUCUGGGCCACGACGGCUUAAGCUCACAAGCAGGUUUUUAGGAGGUUGGCUAGCUACGCAGCAGUCAAAUUUGCAUACAUUAUUAUAUAAUGCAGUUGUUCAGAAUCCUGAAGGAUAGAUUGUACACUUGGGGGUUAUUAGAUUAAAAAAUACAUCAGCCAGAUAUAUAUAUAUAUAUAUAUACUGAAGAAAUUUUUUUAGCACACAAAUUGAAAUUUCUCACGUGAUUACUCCCGUUCAAGGCAACCACUAACAACUUUUGCAAUCGACAAGCAAAAAACUAGUGUUACAUUGGUUUUAAGCUUUCCUGUAUACUCCAUUCAGGUGUGAACACACAAAUGUUAGAUAGCAGUAAUUACACUGGCUUUCGACUAGUUACUAUUAUUUUAUUUGUACAGGAACUGGUAUAAAAUAUGACGUUUCGUAACUUUUUAUAGAUAGGUUAGGUUCAAAUAAGUUAAGUUCGAGUUAAUUGUGACAUUUUAUAUCCUUACACAAAGCUGAUUUUAUUAUUUACACUACAUGUCAAUGACCUUUUGUGAUGAACUGUGUACAUUGAAAUUUUCUCUUAUAAAAUUGCAUCUUUUGACAUUUUUUAUAGUAUUUAUCAAAAGCUGUUUCAUUACGUUUCCAGUACUGAAACACCAUAAUGUAAAAACUGUAUCAGUAUGCUAUAUAAAAAAUGCUUGAA